GGGUCGCGGGGAGCGGGGGGAUGCGAACCCGGCUCCCCCCACCAUGAUGAAGACGGAGCCGCGGGGGCCCGGGGGUCCCCUCCGGAGCGCCUCCCCGCACCGCAGCGCCUACGAGGCGGGCAUCCAGGCGCUCAAGCAGCCCGAUGCGCCCGGGCCCGACGAGGCACCCAAGGCGGCCCACCACAAGAAAUAUGGCUCCAACGUCCACCGCAUCAAAAGUAUGUUCCUGCAGAUGGGCACGACGGCGGGGCCGCCGGGCGAGGCGGGCGGCGGCGCGGGCCUGGCCGAGGCCCCCCGGGCGUCCGAGCGCGGCGUGCGCCUGUCGCUGCCGCGGGCCAGCAGCCUGAACGAGAACGUGGACCACAGCGCCCUGCUCAAGCUGGGCACCAGCGUGUCCGAGCGCGUGAGCCGCUUCGACUCCAAGCCCGCGCCCUCGGCGCAGCCCGCGCCGCCGCCGCACCCGCCAUCCCGCCUGCAGGAGACGCGGAAGCUGUUCGAGCGGAGCGCUCCCGCGGCCGCAGGCGGCGACAAGGAGGCCGCGGCGCGGCGGCUGCUGAGGCAGGAGCGCGCCGGCCUGCAGGACCGGAAGCUGGACGUCGUGGUCCGCUUCAACGGCAGCACGGAGGCGCUGGACAAGCUGGACGCCGACGCCGUGUCGCCCACGGUCAGCCAGCUGAGCGCCGUCUUCGAAAAGGCCGACUCGAGGACCGGCCUCCACCGCGGGCCCGGGGCCCCCAGGGCUGCGGCCGCAGGGGCUCCCCCGGUCAACUCCAAGCUGGUCAGCAAGCGGUCCCGGGUGUUUCAGCCGCCGCCGCCACCGCCGCCGGCAGCGCCGGCCGCCCCGGCCGCCCCGUCGGGGGAGACCCCGGCCGAGAAGGAGCGCGGCCCCGGCGGGCAGCAGCCCCCGCAGCACCGAGUGGCCCCCGCCCGCCCGCCCCCCAAGCCCCGGGAGGUGCGCAAAAUUAAGCCGGUGGAGGUGGAGGAGAGCGGGGAGUCGGAGGCUGAGUCGGCGCCCGGGGAAGUGAUCCAGGCCGAAGUGACGGUCCACGCGGCCCUGGAGAAUGGCGGCCCCUCGACGGCCACAGCCAGCGCCGCGCCCGAGGAGCCCAAGGCCCCAGCUGCCCCCGAAGACGAGGCUGCGGCGACGGUGGCAGCGCCAGAGACGGGGGUGGGCAACUCCCGGGUCCCGGAUGCGGCCCCUGAGGAGGCCGAUGAGUCCAAGAAGGAGGACUUCUCGGAGGCGGACUUGGUGGACGUGAGCGCCUACAGUGGACUCGGGGAGGACUCGGGGGGCAGCGCCCUGGAGGAGGACGACGAAGACGAGGAGGAGGAUGGGGAGCCCCCCUACGAGCCCGAGUCAGGGUGCGUGGAGAUCCCCGGGCUGUCGGAGGAAGAGGACCCGGCCCCCAGCCGGAAGAUCCAUUUCAGCACCGCGCCCAUCCAAGUGUUCAGCACCUACUCCAACGAGGACUACGAUCGGCGCAACGAGGACGUGGACCCCAUGGCGGCCUCGGCCGAGUACGAGCUGGAGAAGCGUGUGGAGCGGCUGGAGCUGUUCCCUGUGGAGCUGGAGAAGGACUCCGAGGGCCUAGGCAUCAGCAUCAUCGGCAUGGGGGCUGGGGCCGACAUGGGUCUGGAGAAGCUGGGCAUCUUCGUCAAGACAGUGACCGAGGGCGGCGCGGCUCAUCGUGAUGGCAGGAUCCAGGUGAACGACCUCCUGGUGGAGGUGGACGGCACGAGUCUGGUGGGCGUGACCCAGAGCUUUGCGGCCUCUGUGCUCCGGAACACCAAGGGCCGUGUGCGGUUUAUGAUUGGCCGGGAGCGGCCCGGAGAGCAGAGCGAAGUGGCCCAGCUAAUUCAGCAGACCCUGGAGCAGGAGCGAUGGCAGCGGGAGAUGAUGGAACAGAGAUACGCCCAGUAUGGGGAGGAUGACGAGGAGACGGGGGAAUAUGCCACCGACGAGGAGGAGGAGCUGAGCCCCACGUUCCCAGGUGGCGAGGUGGCCAUCGAGGUGUUUGAGCUAGCGGAGAACGAGGACGCGCUGUCCCCUGUGGACAUGGAGCCCGAGAAGCUGGUGCACAAGUUCAAGGAGCUGCAGAUCAAACAUGCUGUGACCGAGGCGGAGAUCCAGCAGCUCAAGAGAAAGCUGCAGAGCCUGGAGCAGGAGAAGGGGCGCUGGCGGGCGGAGAAGGCUCAGCUCGAGCAGAGUGUGGAGGAGAACAAGGAGCGCAUGGAGAAGCUGGAGGGUUACUGGGGUGAGGCCCAGAGCCUGUGCCAGGCCGUGGACGAGCACCUGCGGGAGACCCAGGCGCAGUACCAGGCUCUGGAGCGCAAGUACAGCAAGGCCAAGCGCCUCAUCAAGGACUACCAGCAGAAGGAGAUCGAGUUCCUGAAAAAGGAGACCGCCCAGCGGCGGGUUCUGGAGGAGUCGGAGCUGGCGAGGAAGGAGGAGAUGGACAAGCUCCUGGACAAGAUCUCAGAACUGGAAGGAAACCUGCAGACACUGAGGAAUUCCAAUUCUACUUAACAGGAAUCAUAAGCCCUUCCCAUCAUCCUCCCUCCCCUGUCCUCCACCACCGACCCCACCCCCUCCCAGCCUGGGGACAGGUGCCCCGACUCCCCACACCCUCCACCCCACCUCCCCCAGCUUCAGGGACCAGAGGGCCCACGUGACAGGCCUCUUUAAGAUGGCCCGGGCAGACAGGUGGCUGGAAGGGCGGCCUCCUCCUUGCCCCAAGGGGCCGAGGCUGAGCGAGGGAUGCUGAGGGCUGGCCUGGGUGGGUGAUGGACACGAGGACCUGCAGACCAAACUGCCAGACUUCACAACCUCCAGCCUUUGUCUCUGGACUGGAAUGGGGCUGGGGGCUCUCCCAGCAUCUCGCCAUCUGGAGGCUGCUCCCCGCCCGUGGCCUCUUGACUCGAGAGCCCACCUUCUUGGCCCUUCCCUGUCCCCCCUCGUUGUGCUGUCUGUUGCUCGACACCUCCCCUCCCUGUCCCCUAUCCCAGGAGGGACAGAGUGCACCCACAGCCCAGAGGCUGGGCCCGACCUGCCCUGACCUCUGGCGUGUCCUUUGGGGAGGAGGGGGAUGAGCGCAGGGCCCCGGGAGAGUCUAGGACGCCUGGUCCCCAGCUCCUCCUCUCCUGGGCAACAGCCCUCGGCUCUUGUGCCUCCGCUCUCCCAGGUGCCAAAUAGCCAUAGCCUCCUGGAACAGCCGUGUGGCCUCCCUGGAGUCCGGGUGUCCUGGUCAUGCCUGGGAAUGCCAGGAAGGGAAGGGGGGGUGGUUUGGUUUCGGGGUCCUGGCUGCAGGGACCCUGGUCAUAGGUGAGGGGAGUAUUUCUCACUGCCCAGGACGACACCUGGAAGCCUUGCACUCCCGUGGCAGAGACAGCCCCACGCCACCCUGUGUUCUAUGCUCUGGCUGGACAGGGUUUCGCCACUUCUUGGCUCUUUGGAGCCCAGGGCUGCCCUGGCCACUUUUCUGAGCGAAACCGACUCCACUUCUCCCACUUUAACCCCAGACUGGGGCUUGGACCAAGGGAGGUGAGACCCCCCCCCAGGGUCCCCCCUUCCAGAAUCCAUCUCAGUUGGCCACUUUUUCAUGCCCCUGCCCCAAGCCUGGGUUUCUGAUCAUUUUUAAAAAACGUUUUGGCUUCUUGUCCCCUGUAAAUAGACCAUGCCAUCAAUCAGUAUUUCUUGCCCCCGCCUUCCCAUGCCCCCACCUCCUGAAAGAGCUGGCUGUCUCCGGGCCCCGCCCUGGACCGUGGCAGAGGGAGGGGGCGGGCCGCGGGUGCCCGGCCGCCCUUCGGAGGACCGCGUCUCUGUAUAUAAUAUAUAUAUGUAUGUAUUGUUCCCGGUUUUGUACGGACCAUGCCCUCUGUCAGAUCGCCCUCAUAAAAGCAGCCCCCAG